UGUUAUUAUUAUUUUUUUCUCAUUGAUUAAUUUUAAUUGAUUAUUUGUCCUGAAAAGUCAGACUGUCACUUUGCUUCUUUAGCCUAAAUAAAAACUUCAACAUAAGGAUAAUAAAAUUAUAAAAACUAUCAAUUAUUAUUUAUCACUAAUUUAUUAAUUAUUAAAAUUAUAUUUUUUUUAUAUUUUUGUGGUAUAUUUUUCGUCUAGGUUUAUGGAAACUUGUUAAAAUAGAGCGUGUUUUAUUUUUGAGGUUAUCUUAAAUUUUUAAUAAUAAUCCAGUGACAAUAAUCAUACAGAAUGGAUGACCUACAAAAUUAUAAACUACAACUUCAACAAGUUGAAGCAGCAUUAACAACUGAUCCAGGUAAUGAUGAGUUGCAUAAACUUAAAAAAGAUCUUGAAGAAGUUAUUGAAUUGACAAAUGAUUUAAUUAAAUCACAACAACAGGAAAAACAAUCACAUGGUAUGGAUUCACAAGAUCCAGUUCUCAUUGCUGGUUUAACGAGUAAAUGGAAAAUUGGUGAUUUGUGUAUGGCACCAUGGAGUGAAGAUGGAAAAUAUUAUGAAGCAACAAUUGAUGCAAUUAGUGAAACUGGUACUGUCACUAUUAUAUUUAACGAGUACAAAAAUACUGAUACAGCAAUGAUUAGUCAAUUAAAAUCAGCUGCUAAAAGACCAGCAUCAGAUUGGGCUGAUCAAAAAUCAAAAAAAAUGCAAGCAGCUGCUGCAGCUGGUUCUGAUCCAAAUAAACAGAGAGAAUAUUUAAAGAAAAAGAAACAAAAAAAAUUACAAAGAUUUAAGGAACAAGAGGAAGAACGUGAACAGGAAAAAAAUAAAUGGAUUGCAUUUUCAUCAAAGACUGUUAAAAAAGGAGUUGUAAAAAAGAGUAUAUUUGCAACACCAGAAAAUGUUAAUGGACGUGUUGGAAUUGGUACUUGUGGUGUUAGUGGACGUGAAAUGACAAAAUUUAGUAAUGGAGAAAAAUGGAGACGUGGUACUUGAUUUUAUUAUUAUUAUUUUUCUAUUUCAUAUUGUAAAUAGUUAUGAUUUGAUAAUUUUAUUUGCUUGUUUUUUUAAAAAAAGUGGAUAAUUAUUAGCAGAGAUUAACACAAAAUUAUUUAAUAAUUUAUCUGAUUUCAAGAUAUAAAAAAAAAAAAAUAUAAUUAAUUUUCUUUAGGUUUUU